AAUCAAGUCAAUUGAUUCAACCCCGACAACAGCCCCAGCAUUGAUCAAUUAUCGAUCGCAAUCGCAAUAGUAUCCUCACAGAGCAUUGUUUGACCAUGGCGCCAGGCACGCGUCGCGGCAACCGAUCAGGGUACCCCGAACACGAUGACUUUGAGGGCCUCCCUGUGCGCCAGUGGCGCCAGGAGUGGGUGACGGUCGCCCCUGCCGCUCAGGUUGAAGCGCAUCACGAAAAUGACAUUUGGGCCCGCGAGCUGCCGUACGGCAUGCCCAAGGACUCACAGCUGCUGGCGCCGCACUCGCUCGAGCUGUUGCGCGCUGCCCGCUCCGGCAGGCUAUACAAGCGUCCUGCCCUGGCUGACGACGACGACGCCGAGCUGGACGCGGGCCCCGACAAGGCCGACAAGAAGGAGGACGUCAGCGCAAAGGGCUACAGCGUCAAGGUGUGGAAGCAGGUUCCCCGCAACGCCGAGGGCGCCACCAUAUCCUACCUAGCCAAGCGUCGCAAGAACACAGUUACGUUGAAGCCCAAGGCAGAGGUGUUGCAGUCCACGGGGUCGUCCAUCACACGCGCGACGAUCCGCCGUGUCGACGCCGCCGGUAACCCCUACGAGCAAACCAUCACCCUUACAGAGGGCCAGCCGGUGGACGGCGAGAUCAUAUCCACCAGCGUGGUGCCCAUGCCUGCUGUCGAGGCUGUGCUGCCCGCACAGCAGACCACGCCGGUGCGGAGGAAACCGCCACCGCCUAGGAGAAAGCCCAAGGGUCCUGGCCGAGGGAGGAAGAAGGGCAGGUUGCCGUUGCCCGCGAGCACGAGGCCGCCUUCAAGUGUCGAGACUGCGGAAGGAGCUGGCGCUUCUACAUCUACUGCUACUGGUGGCGUUGGAUCUUCUGCUGCAGCUCCUCUGGACGGUCAAGCAGCUCAAGCUAGCUCAAACCAAACUCAAACUUCAAGCGGCGUCGACGGUGCCCAGGGUGAUCCUAUGGAUCAGUCUGCGCACCCAUCAGAUGACGAAGACGGGGACGAAGGGGAUGAUGGAGACGAUGGCGACGAGGGUGACGGUGAUAUCGAGAUGGAGGGCACUAGUGAUAUCGAUCGGGCCUCAGAACCCAUAGAAAACACGCCGAACCCACAGCCACAGCCCAGUCAGAAGAGUGAGGAAGCUUCGCAAGCACCCGUCAACAGCGGCAGCGAUGUCUCAGGCAAGCAGUUGGAGCCACAAGGACUUCUACCUUUACCUGCUAGUAUUGCUACGUCUGCCUCACCGCGCGCCGAGGGAAGCCCACUUAAGCACGUGGCUCUGGCUUCGCCGACGAACAAGUCGCCUGUGCUAUCACCAAAGGCCGAGGAGAUCUCUCAGGGUACGCCGGCUGCGCCAGAGAGCCAGCCCAAAGAGAGCGCAGAGCUUUUGGAAGCAACAGAGCCAACCGCUGUGACCGAGACCGUAGCGGCUGAUCCUGCAAAGGAGCAACCCUCCGUUGCUGAGACAUCAAAGUCUCACCAGGAAACGGAACCACUUGACGUCAACGACACUACAGCAACAGAGGGCUCCAAGCAGGAGGUUUCCACACUGCCAUCAGCGUCGGAGAUGGCGGUGGACUCAGCUCCUGCGCCCGAUGUCACAAUGGAGGAUGCACCAGCUCCCGAAGUAGAGGCUCCGGAGCCUGUACAAAGCUCAGAUCCUCAACCCAUGGAAAUCGAGGAGACAAAGGAACCUUCACUUGAGGUUUCACAAUCAGCGCUGCCAGACCUCAAACCUUCACUUGUGCCCGCUGAGCCGGCCUGGGAGAGCGUCGGUUUGGCGACAGAUGCUCAGGCUCCUGCACCCCAGGUCAAGAGUCCAACUCCAGAGGAAAAGCAGCCCACACCAGAAGAGCCAGCUGAUAUCAUCACCAAGACUGAGCCGGCAACUGAAACUCCAACAGUGAAGUCGCCAGAAAAGACACCGGAGCAGGCAGAGACCAAGGCCGAGCUCCCAGACCUGAGAGAGCCCGUCGAUGCCCCAGCACCCACAGAAUCUCCCAAGGUAGCUGAAGAAUCGGUCGCUCAGCCUACGGAGGCCGCUCCUGUCAUCCCCGAGGCAUCUCCACUACCUCCCCAGCCUCCUUCGCCGCCCCUGCCGCCUACCAAAGUGGCCGAGGACGAGGAUGAGGGCCCAGAUCUGUUCUCAGGACUCGAGGCCCAGCUCAACGCCCAGGACGAGCAGAACCGUGUCGCUUUGAAGACCGAGACUGUAGACGAAGCGCCUGUCCCAGACGAACAGGCUUCAAAGCAAGCCGGUAAAGAGACAGGGGAGUCGACUGAAGACAAACUUGCUGACAAACCUGCUGACAAGAGUCCGACCGAGUCCGAGUACAAGCCUGUACCACAGCCCGCAGCAGAACCAGCGGCUGAUCCAACGACCAGGCCAGCAGUCGAGGAUGCGAAGCCUGUGCUACCUGAAGGGACUUAGAGAAUAUUUGGGACUUGGGCCGAGGUUGACUGAUCUUCUCCCUUGAGUUGUUAAGCGUGGGCAUACAGAGGCGUUUGGGAAUAAUUGUGUAACUUUUACAACAGGGUAAAAUUGCCGUUUUUGUAUACUUUUGCUAGUAAAGUAAAUUACUUUCUUAUACUUGAUGUUUGGUUUUACUUCCCUU